AUGAUCUUAAGCAAGGAAACACCGGCCAACAAAAGCUUCGACAUUGUCUAUAUCAAUUUGGCGAAGCAUACAUCUAAAAAGCAGUAUAUUGAGCGCAUGCUCAACUACGCAAACUGUUCGUUUAUUCGGUUCAACGCGGUUGAUGGCCAGGAGAUUUAUGCGCGCACUAAAACUCUUCAGGAGUACUCUAAUGGCAUGCCAAUCCGACCAACCAACCGUUCUAUUCGUUCUCGAAUCAAUGCUGCAAACGCAGGCCGGGCCGGCUGCCACCUUAGCCACUUGCUCGUCUUGAAGACAGUAGCCAUGUCCGACAGCACUAAACCCGUUCUAAUUCUUGAGGACGACAUUGAUCUUGAUACUCUUUUCGUGGCUAAGAUUGAAGAGGCUCUGGCUAAUCCGCCUGACCACUGGGAUAUUAUUCUUCUUGGCGGCAUGUUUCAUACGGCUUGGUGGGGUCAUCCGGCCAAUAAGCAUCUACGGGCUGGGAAAUACCAAGCCUGUCUGCACGCAUAUUUAGUAAAUGGAUCCAAAAGUGCGCACAAGAUCGCUGAGGCAAUAGAUAAAAAAGAUUGCCCUGGUCGUCCUGUAGAUCUGAUCAUUGAAACAGCAUUUCGAGAUGACCCAGAUUUCAAAGCCUACUGCUUUGACCCCAUGAUUGCCGUACAAAGAAGAGACUUAUUCGAAUCAUCUAUUACUUUGCCAUCGACCACGCCUUGGUAUGAUAAAGUUGCCGCCAAGCUCUUCCCUAGUGCCUUUCUCCGCCCUCUCUCCCGCUCACUCGCUGACGCCUCUUCAGGUGCCACAAGUAGCUCUCAAGCCCCGAAUUUAACAAGCAUUUGGCUAGGGUUGUUUCUCAUUGGACUGCUAUAA